AUGGCUUCUGCUGCCCGCGUGCUGGCGCCAAUGGCGCUGCUGCUCUCGCUCGUGCUCCAGCUCGCGGCGGCGGCCGCCGCGGUGUCGCCUCCCGGUCCCAGCCCCACCUUCCCGGGCGACAAGGCCGCGCUGGCGUCGCUGAAAUCCGCCGUGGACGCGGCCACCAUCCCAUCCUACUCCUGCCUCGCCUCGUGGGACUUCGCCCGCGACCCCUGCGCCGCCUUCCCCUGCGGCGUCCACUGCAACACGCCCCCCAACUCGUCUCACCAGCGCGUCGCCGGCGUCUCCCUCGACCCCGCGGGGUACUCCGGCACGCUCCCGGCGCCCGUCCUCGCCUCGCUCCCUUUCCUCCAGACCCUCUCCCUCCGUGGCAACAGCUUCCACGGCUCGCUGCCGGCGGGGGUGGCGCUGCCUCCGAGCCUCCGCGUCCUCGUCCUCUCCGGCAACGACUUCACCGGCGAGAUACCGGCGUCCCUCUUCACCCCGGCCUCGUCGCUCGACGAGCUCGACCUCUCCCGCAACGCGUUCACCGGAGGGAUACCGCCUCAGAUCGCGUCCUUGGGCUCCCUGACGCGAAUGGAGCUGCAGCACAACCGCCUCAGCGGGAGCCUGCCGUCGAUGGGCAAGAUGCGCUCGCUCGUCCACCUCGACGUCAGCGACAACAAGCUGUCCGGCCCGGUGCUGGACGCGCCCGGGCGGCUGCCUCCGACGGUCCUGGCCGUCGUGGCGCGUGACAACAGGCUCUCUGGGCCGUUGCAAGCUGCGGCCUUCCACGCUCUCCCUGAGAUGCAGGUGCUGGACCUCACCAACAAUGCGGUCACCGGCGCGGUCCCCGGCGCCGCGUUCGAACACCCGGCGCUGGCGCAGCUGCGGCUGGGAUCCAACCAGCUCGGGACGGUGGAGGAGGCGUCGAACGGCGUCGCGUCGAGCCAGCUCCUGGAGGUGGACCUCAGCGGCAACAGAAUCACGGGGCGGCUGCCCAGGUGCCUCGGGGCGAUUCCGCGUCUCAGGACGGUGGGGCUCGACCGGAACCGGUUCGUCGGAGGCGUGCCGAAGCAGUACGCCGUUCGCGCCGCGGCGGUGGAGGUCGUCGACGGGAAGGCGCCGUUUGCGAGGCUGAUGCUGCAGGGGAACUACCUCUGCGGAGCCCUGCCGCGUGAGCUGAGGCAGAUGAAGGAGGGCGGUGUUAUGGUGAGCCUGGCGGACAACUGCUUGCUCAAGUGCCCGCACAAGUUCUUCUUCUGCCAGGGGCCGCCGCAGAAGAACCGUGACACAUGUCCCAAGUGCGAACCAUGA